GAAAGAGUGAUAAGUUCAAAGGUUGUAUCCGAGCCAAAACACAAAACACGAUCACAUGUCAGGCGUCAGGCGCAUUCUUUGCCGAAAUGCCAGUUUAGAAACAGAAUGGCAAGGCUGCUCAUCGAGACACUGGCGGAGUUUGGACAAUGUGGACAGUUUCUUAGGAGGGUAUCCCCAGUGAUACAUGUACAUGGUCAUCAGCCAUUGCUGUCCUUGCCAAAUAUCAGGCCCUGCAUACUCAGGCAUGCAAGUGCUUGCAUCUGUAACGGCACACUUCGGCCUGCCCCACGAUUGUUAAAACAUAAUGCACUUGAGAGAUACACUGCACACUUGUGUGUUCAGUCUUUUGCUUCACUUCAUGAAGGGGCUGUUGCUUCAAAAAGAGAUGCAUUAAGGAGAACUAACAGUAGUGAUGACAUUGUAACUUUCAUCAAAGAUGAUGAGGACUUGGAAAGGUUCCUUAAGCAUGUUACUGAACUCCUGUCGACUCCCGACUUCUCAAAGGUCAAGAUUGCCAAAGAGGAUGCAGAAAGUAAAGUCGAAGAGCUCGCACGGAGACUGACCGACAUGAAAGCCGAACCUAGGAAUAUUUACGCCUUUCUACGCUCAAACCCCAGGGUCUUGAACACUAGAUGGGACGUCUUGAUGCAAAACAUCCAGUACUUGGACGAGUUGCGCCUGUUUGGAAACCGAGCCUUACUCGUACUGGACCGCAGUCCUAAAAUCUGGAACGCCGGCCUGGAGCUACUGCAGCAGCGGGUCAGAAGGCUGCGUAAACUCGGGCUGACAGAGGGCAGUCUUCAGAGGGUCAUAACUGCCUGGCCGGGUGUACUGACGUUGAAGAAGAACAGGCUGAAUGGAUCCCAUGAAAUGCUGAAGAAGUGCCAGUUCUCUGGCCGUCAGAUUACGGAGAUCAUCAUCAGUUCUCCGCAGGUUCUUGACAGUGAACCAGCUGAUAUCGAGCACCGAUUUCAGUAUGUCUACUUCAGCAUGGGACUGCAGAGCCAAGCCGACAUGGUGCAGGCCAAUCUCUUCAAGUAUCCUCUGGAGCACAUCCAACGACGUCACUUGGUCCUGGAGAAACUGGGCAUCUACGAGAUGCCCAACAAGCAGGGCAAGACCCGCGUAGACAAUCCCAAACUCUGCCGCAUCGUGGACUGCCCGGAUGCCAGGUUUGCUGAGAAAUGCGCUGGGAUAUCGCUGGAGGAGUUUCAGAUGUUCGGGAGGAAUUUAGAGGAGGAAGCGAGGAGGAAAGAGGACGGCGAGGCGGGGGAUGAAACCGAUGAGGAGUUAGUGGACUAUGAUGACACAAGACACAGAUGAUAGUACAUGUAGCUUGAAGACACAAUCCUUGAACCCUAUAUACCCCAUAGUAACUGAAUCCAAUUUUAGAAUUUUGAUCACCCCCCCCCCCCUUGGUUCAGCACUGAAUGUAGAAUUGACCACCCCUCUUUCACAGAUUUUUCGUGCAGAUUUUUUCUGCAGGACACAGCAACAUGCAGCACUUGUCAAAAUGACAAGCCUGCUCAGUGUAGCAAGAUCCAUUAUUAGGUC